AUGGCGCCCAAACCGACAAAUUGGGCCCUCUGGGCGAAGAUGAUCGGCGCUGGAGCUCUGAUCUGUAUUGGAGGCCCUGCUCUGACAUACUACGUAAUACCUACCGAUGAGGAGCUGUUCCAGAGGUACAACCCGGAACUGAAGAAGAGGAGCCUCGAGCGGAGAUACGAAACAGAAAAAGGAUUCGACGACUUUGUCAACAAGCUCAAAGAGCAGUCGAAGUCCAAACAGUCAAUAUGGGUUGUGCAAAAGGAGGAGGCUCGGAGAGAGAAACAGGCUCAGCUCGAGGAAAGCCUAAGGCUGGCCGAGGAGACCAAGGCAAGGAAAGAGGAGGUGAGGAGAGCGGCUGGUCUGGGAAGCAAGGAGUGA